AGCCGUUCGCACAUCGAAUCUCAUCUCCGAUGAUCGGUCGCCCGAUCGUUCCCGACAGUCCUGCAAUCGCGUGAACAACGCCGAACGCCGUCCUCGUUUCAUCCGACACCCCCGAGGCGCCUCGAGCGAUCCAAGGACGAUCGGUCCCACCUUCGUUCGACGCGCUCUUCGACGGCGCCCCUUGAUCCGCCUUCUUUCCGCCGGUAAACGUCCUACGAGCGUACGAGGGUCGCGCCUCCCCCGUCGCAGAGAGUCGCCCGGGCGGAAAAAGUAUCGGUAACAAGCGUCGUCGGGUGGUCCGCGCCCCGGUAGCACCAGCGUACGCUUCGAACGUCUAGAGGAACGUCAAUCGUCGCGGGGACGCUGACCCGAUUCUCUGGUCGAGUGCGCGAACGAUGACCGACGCACCGAGAGACCCGGAGUUGGCGGACUCGGAGAGCGCCGAGGAGGCGAGGGCCUCGCUGAACGCGGCGGCCCCGCAGUCCGCCAAGUCGAAGGGGAAAAUUCUCCCCGAAAGAGGUACCUGGAGUACGAAGCUAGACUUCAUCUUGAGCGUGGUCGGUCUGGCCAUAGGGCUCGGCAACGUGUGGAGGUUUCCCUACCUCUGCUACAAGAACGGCGGCGGGGCCUUCCUGAUCCCGUACUUCCUCACGCUGAUCCUCGCCGGUAUCCCGAUGUUCUUCAUGGAGCUGGCCCUCGGGCAGAUGCUGACCAUCGGUGGCCUCGGGGUGUUCAAAAUCGCCCCCCUCUUCAAGGGUAUCGGGUACGCCGCCGCCGUCAUGUCCUGCUGGAUGAACGUCUACUACAUAGUGAUUCUCGCCUGGGCCAUAUUCUACUUCUUCAUGUCGAUGAGGAGCGACGUGCCCUGGCGUUCCUGCAACAACUACUGGAACACGAAGAACUGCGUGAAUCCGUACGACAGGAGCGGGAUGCUCUGCUGGAACCAGCUGACGGCCAACAAGAGCGUCGUCAAGGUCUGUUCCCUGAACCAGUUCAACGUCACCGCCUCCGAACUGACGGACCCGGUCAAGGAAUUCUGGGAGCGGCGAGCCCUCCAGAUCAGCGACGGGGUGGAGCACCUGGGUAGCAUCCGUUGGGAGUUGGCGGGAACCCUGCUCCUCGUCUGGAUUCUCUGCUACUUCUGCAUCUGGAAGGGCGUCAAGUGGACCGGGAAGGUCGUCUACUUCACCUCGUUGUUCCCCUACGUCCUGCUGACGAUACUGCUGAUCAGAGGGAUCACGCUGCCCGGGGCGAUGGAGGGGAUCCGGUUCUACGUGAGCCCGAACCUCUCCAAGCUCAAGGAGUCGGAGGUUUGGAUCGACGCGGUCACCCAGAUAUUCUUCUCCUACGGGCUCGGCCUCGGCACCCUGGUGGCCCUCGGUAGCUACAACAAGUUCACCAACAACGUCUACAAGGACGCGUUGAUCGUCUGCACGGUGAACUCGUCGACGAGCAUGUUCGCCGGAUUCGUUAUAUUCUCGGUGGUGGGUUUCAUGGCGCACGAACAGCAGAAGCCGGUCGCCGAGGUAGCCGCUUCCGGACCGGGACUCGCCUUCCUCGCCUACCCCUCCGCCGUUCUCCAACUACCGGGGGCACCGCUCUGGUCCUGCCUCUUCUUCUUCAUGCUGCUGCUCAUCGGUCUCGAUUCGCAGUUCUGCACCAUGGAGGGAUUCAUCACGGCCAUGGUCGACGAGUGGCCGCAGCUGCUCAGGAGGCGCAAGGAGAUAUUCAUAGCGAUCGUCUGCGGACUGUCCUACUUGGUCGGUCUGUCCUGCAUAUCCCAGGGCGGGAUGUACGUCUUUCAGAUACUCGACUCCUACGCUGUCUCCGGAUUCUGUCUCCUCUUCCUGAUAUUCUUCGAGUGCGUUUCCAUCAGUUGGGCGUUCGGGGUGAACCGUUUCUACGACGGUCUGCGCGACAUGAUCGGCUACUAUCCGCUGGCCUGGUGGAAACUCUGCUGGACCGUGACGACCCCCAUGAUUUGCCUGGGUGUCUUCGUGUUCAACCUCGUCCAAUGGACCCCGGUUAAGUAUCUGGAGUACGAGUACCCCUGGUGGUCCCACGUCCUCGGUUGGAUGACCGCGUUGUCCUCUAUGCUCUGCAUACCCGGGUACAUGAUCUACGCGUGGAUGACGACGCCCGGCGACUUCAAUACGAAGUUCAAGCUGCUCGUGAGAAUAGAGGACGACGUGGCGAGCUUGCGCGUCAAGAUGGGUCAGCCGGCUGUGGAGCUGAGUUCCUUGUAAGAUCGUCGCGACUCGUACCUCUCGUAACGAUACAAUUUUAUUAUCAUUUUUUCCCGCUAACUCGUACAAGGAUCGCACGUCGUCGUUGUUCGGAUAGACGGGUGCGGGUUACCCUUACGAAUCGUCGAAUCGUCGAUCCCUCGCGCUCGGCACAACCACCGGCAACGGUCGCUCGGCGAACCCUUGCGAAUACUUGCGACCGAUCGACGUUCGUCAAAAUCGUUGUCAAAAAAGUUUCGUCGUCAGAUGCGAACCGGCCGAGUACGCGCCGAUAAUCGACACCGUCACGCCUCAAAAUACUAUUCCACGUUAAGUAGAUGUAGCGACAAUGAUAUACGUAGACAACGAUCGUUGUACCGAUAGCAAUAAUGGUCAAUAAUCGUAGGAUUUUUAACAAUAGCGCAGAUUGUAAUACGAUAGUAAUAAAAUGUAGCGUUAGAUAGAGA